AUGUACUCUGUUACUUCUAGAAAAUGCUAUUGUAAAUGUUAUAGUAUGAAUAUUAAUAUUAAACAUGAUGUUGAUAUAAUAUUAGAUAAAAUUAUGUUUCAGAAUAUGGCGAAUCAUCCAUGCGAUAAGCUAAAUAAUUUAAGAAAUGAAGAUGAACUUUUUGAUAAUUCACAUUCUUCUGAAAAUUUAAACAGUACUAAUAAAUUGAAUUUGUCGAAUACUCAAGAAAAGAAUAAUUUUGAAACCACUAUUAUGUCGACCAGUACAGAUGUUACUUCUCACAAAAAAAUAACUGUAACUAAUAUUGUACAUGGCGCAAAUCAGUUAAAUAAAGCACAGUAUAAAUUUUUAGUUGAUAAAAUACAUUCAAAUGAAACUAUUUUGAAUAGUCAAGAUGAAAAAUUAUUAUGUGAAGUGGUAGAAAAAAUGAACGAUAAUAUUUUUAGUCCAAAUACUAAUUUAUCAGAUUUAAAUACCCAACAGUUUAUGGACUUACAUUUAGAAGGUGCUUUCCAACAACUAAAUGCACUUUCACCAACAUUAGAUAUAGAUAGUUCUAAGACAUUUACCAUUCAAAAAAUAAAUUCAGACAAAUCAACUGUCAUUUCACCAUUACCUUUGAUUGAUGAAUUAAGAAAUUCAGAAAUUAAAAACAAUAAUCCAAUUAUUUUCAAUGAUCCAAAGAUAUCAGAAAAAAUCAAUUAUCCAUCUCUUAAAAUUGAUCUUGAAUUGUCUAUUCGAGAUCAUUAUGUUGAAUAUCCCGGUGAAGAUCAAGAUACGGACAUAAUUGCAUUUCGAGCAAUGUGUGAGGCGUUGUUAAAAAUUGGAGCAGUUGAUAACAAUAUAAAAGAUAAUAAUAAAACAAUUGUGAAGAAAAAUAAUCAAUUUAACAAACAUGUUUAUAAACAUGUGAAACAUAAUGUAAUAAAGGGCUCAAACAGUACAGAAUGUGAACCUAGUACAUCUAAAUUAAAUUCUUUUAAAGGUGCUAAUGAUAUUUCAAAACGUUUAGCACGCAAAAGACAUCAAAACAAUGAUUUAGUUUUUGAUUCAUCUGAUGAUAGUUCACCUCAAUAUUCAAAUGAACUAUCUUCAAAACAAUAUAAUUUCAAGAGAAAAUUAUCAAAAAUUACUUUUUCAAAGAAUAAUUUAAAAAUUAAUUCUAAGUGUUAUUCAGAUACAAACACGAUUCAACCAAAGAAUGUAAAUAAAAUUAAAUUGUCUGAUUCAAUAUUUAAAGAUAAAGAGGUUGAUUGUAUGUUAAUUGAAAAUAAACUGCCAAAAGUUCAAAAUGUAAUUAAUGAUUUGAAGUGCAAAAAUAUAAAUGACGAUUUAUUGGAACAAACCAAACUAUUAAAAGAAAAUCAAACAAUAUUUCAUUUUCAAACAAAUGGCAAAGUGCACAAAGAUAUGUUAAAUUCUAUCAAAAAAAAAAAUUGUCAUUCUAUUUAA